AUGUCCAGCCCUGCCCAGCCCUCUACCUCGGUCUCGCGACCCGUCAGUGAGGCUCUUCUCAACGAGAAGUGGGACCGAUGCCUCUCGAACCUCCUCGUCAAGUCGACCCUCGGCCUCGGAUUCGGCGUCGUCUUCUCCGUCCUCCUCUUCAAGCGCCGCGCGUGGCCUGCCUUUGUCGGUGUCGGUUUCGGAGCUGGUAGGGCGUAUGAGGAGUGCAAUUGGAACCUGAAGCAGGCCUCCAAGAACCUCAAGGGCCAGUCCUAA